AUGGUGGAGAAGCGUUGCCCGCUGCAGAGGGACGGCGUGUACCGCUGGUUCUCGGAGCUGCCGUCGCCGCAGCGCGUGGAGUUCCUGUGCGGCCUGCUGGACCUGUGCAUCCCGCUCGAGCUGCGCUUCCUCGGCUCGUGCCUCGAGGACCUGGCCCGCAAGGACUACCACUCGCUGCGCGACUCGGAGAUCAAGGCCAACAACCCGGCCGACCUGGGCAGCCUCACCAACCUGACGGACGAGGUGGUGCGCAGCAAGCUCCUGGUGUCGCUGGCGCUGCUGGGCUCGGAGCAGCGCGAGGCGGCGGGCGUGCUGUACCGCACGCUCACGCAUAUCGACUCCAUCAUCCACAACUACGGGCUGCAGCUCAACGAGGGCCGCACGGGCGAUGAGUUCCUGCUGCUCUUCACCAUGGCCUCCAACCACCCGGCCUUCAGCUUCCACCAGAAGCAGGUGCUGCGCCAGGAGCUCACGCAGAUCCAGAGCAGCCUGAGCGGCGGCGGUGGCGGCGGCGGCGGCGGCGGCGGGGGCCACGGCGGCAAGAGCGCGCUGCCCACCUGCCCGGCCUGCCACAAGGUAACUCCAAGAACCGAGGCUCCCGUCAGCAGCGUGAGUAAUAGUUUGGAGAAUGCACUACACACAUCAGCACAUUCCACGGAGGAGUCGCUGCCCAAGAGGACUGUGGGGAAACACUCCAAAGUGAGUGUUGAAAAGAUAGACCUGAAGGGAUUGUCACACACAAAAAAUGAAAGAAAUGUUGAAUGUUCCUUUGAGGUCUUGUGGUCUGAUUCUUCAGUAACAUCAGUAACCAAAUCUUCCUCUGAAGUGACUGAAUUUAUGUCAAAGUUACCUCAGCUGUACCCUGAAGAAAAUCUGGAGAAAUUCAUUCCUUGCUUGGCUGGCCCAGAUUCCUUUUACGUAGAGCGAAGCCACAUGGAUCUGGAAGCGGACCUGAGGUAUUUGACUUCAUUACCUUCUCAUGUAUUGAAAAAUGACCACAUUAAGAAAUUUUUCAGCACUUCAUCUCCCACCCAACAGCUUCAAAGUCCAAGUCCUGGCACCCCUUCCCUUUCAAAUGGCACCGUGAUGGGCGUGUCUGGAAGGCCCGUGUGUGGCGUGGCCGGCAUCCCCUCCUCUCAGAGCGGCGCCCAGCACCACAUGCAGCACUCGGCCAGCGCGGCCGCCUUGCCCCACUGCUCCCACGCGGGGGGUGCCGGCUCAGCCCUGGCCUACCGGGCCCAGAUGGACACGUCGCCCGCCAUCCUGAUGCCCUCCAGUCUGCAGACCCCUCAGACCCAGGAGCAGAAUGGGAUCUUAGACUGGCUUAGGAAACUGCGCUUGCACAAGUAUUACCCCGUCUUCAAACAGCUCACGAUGGAGAAGUUUCUGAGCCUUACUGAGGAAGAUCUAAAUAAAUUUGAAUCCCUCACCAUGGGAGCAAAGAAAAAACUCAAGACUCAGCUAGAGCUGGAGAAGGAGAAGUCAGAGAAACGGUGCCUGAACCCUGCAGCUCCACCCCCGGUCACCGGCAGCGGAGUGGCUCGCGUCCCCCCGACCAGCCACGUGGGUCCCGUGCAGACCGUGCGAGGCGCCCAUUCCGCAGCGCUGCGGGUGGAAGUGGAGCAGCCCCCUCACCAGACGGCCCGGGAAGGCAGCUCCUCCGAGUGCUCCAGCUCCUCGCCCAGCCCGAUGGGGGUGCAGGCCCGGGAAGAGAGCUCGGACAGCGCCGAGGAGAACGACAGACGUAAGGAGAUUCACGUGGAGGGCUCUGACAAGGAGAAGCCCGUCAUGCUCCUGAACCACUUCGCUUCAAGCUCUGCCAGGCCCACGGCCAGGUUCUCCCCGUGCAGAACGAGGCGGCUCCAGUCCAUCGGCCACCACGCCCUGCCCCCCCAGAUGAUGGCUGCGGCCUCCCACCUGGCGCCCAUCCGGAUGCUGAAUUCCGCGCACAAGUCGGAGAGGGGGGGCGCGGACAUGAAGCUCCUCCCGCCUUCCGUGCACUCGCUGCUGUCUCUCGAAGAACGGAGUAAGCUCUCGGGACCGAGAGGCGGCAUCAAAGUGGAGAACUUCGGCCACGCUGUGAUCGACGCGGCCCCCACGCCCGGCCCCCAGCAGCCCCUGCAGGUCCUCUCCGCGCUUGCCGAGAGCAGCGCCGUGUCACCCACCGUCUCCUUUGGUCGCGCCAAAGUCGUGCACACGUCCGCGCUGGACAGAGUCCUGAAGCCGGCCCCGCAGCCCCCGGGCGGGGAGACCAGCACCGCUGCUGCGGGCACGUCCAGCACCGUCUUCCACGUGGCUCGGCCCCCCAUCAAACUCCUGGUGUCUUCAUCCGUCCCCGCGGAUUCUGCCAUUUCCGGCAAACUCCCUGUUCUAUACGUGCAAAUAAGCGUGCCCCCUGCAAUAAUAAACCCCCGGACUGCCCUGUACACCGCCAACACCAAAGCUGCCUUCUCUGCGAUGAGCAGUGUGCCCGUGGGGCCCCUGCAGGGCUUCUGUGCGAACAGCAACACUGCCUCCUCCAGCAGCCACCCCUCCACGUCCUUCGCCAGCAUGGCCACCGUGCCCAGCUGCCCGUCCCCCAGCUCCAGCCCCGCGCUCUCCUCGGCCCCCGAAAGCAGUUUCUACAGCGGCGGCGGCGGCUCCGGCUCCCCCGGGAACAUUCCCGCCUCCGCCCAGAACCACCACCACCACCACCACCAUCAGCAGCAGUCGGCGCCCCAGCAGCCCGCGCCCGCGCCGCCCCCGGGCUGCGUCGUGUGCACGUCGUGCGGGUGCAGCGGCAGCUGUGGCUCCAGCGGCCUGACCGUCAGCUACGCCAACUACUUCCAGCACCCGUUCUCGGGGCCGUCCGUCUUCCCCUUCCCCUUCCUGCCCUUCAGCCCCGUGUGCGGCAGUGGCUACGUGGGCGCCCAGCAGUACGGCGGCGGCGCCUUCCCCGUGGUGCACUCGCCCUAUGGCGGCGGCGUGCCCCCCGAGCCCGUGCUGGGUGGCCAGUCGGCCUUCGCCGUGCCGCCCGUGCAGAGCUUCAUGGCGGGCGCGGCGGGCGUGUACCAGGCGCCGGGGCUGGUGGGCGGCGGCGGCGGCGGCGGCCCGGGCCAUAAGAAGAGUGGCAACUUGUCGUGUUACAACUGCGGGGCCACGGGGCACCGCGCUCAGGACUGCAAGCAGCCGUCCAUGGACUUCAAUCGGCAAGGUAAAGGCGGGUACUUUAGGUUGAAAUAUGCCCCUCCAGCAGAAAGUCUGGACUCCACAGACUGAUAUUUUCCUCUGGCAACAGAACACUAUUAAGCCAUGGAGACAUAAGGAAUUAAAUACAAGACCGAGAAGUCUAGUUGCUGUUGAGCUUAAUAUUUUUAAUCCAAAGGUGCUUUACUUUACUAGACUGGAUAGAAAACCUAGUGUAGGAGUGCAUCAAACUCAGUUUUAUUGCCAAAAUCCUAGAUUGGAGCUUGACGUCAGGACUCGCCUGGUCGGCGCCUCCACCGUGGUCGCGAUGCAGAGACCUCCGUCUCCCGAGGAGCAUCGCCAUCCUCGGUCCUUCCAGGCUCACAUGUAAUUCCAGGGCAGCUACGCAAGAUCGGACUCGAGUACUGAGGGUUGGAGUUCCCUGCGUGGCGUUCCACCAGUCGGACUCUGGUCACCCCUGGGUGAGGGAAAAUGUCGCCUCUGUUUUGUUCUGUUUUUGUUUGUUCUGUUCCUUGAGUGGUUAGACACUAAUCUCUCUGGGCUUUUAGGAUUGCACUACAGAAGAAUGUAAACUGAUGCCAGUCUCUGCGGUUUUGGGAGAACAGACUCCCUGAGACCAGUCAGUGCAAGACACUCGGAGAAUCUGCGUUUAAGGAGUUGGCACCAGCAGGCCGCGUGACUUGGUACACGACAAAGAUGUCAGCGUCUCUCCAUUCCCUCCUUAAAACACUUGCAGCAGUUUCCAGGUUUUUCUUUUCCUUUUUUUUUUUUCUCUGCGAAUACAUUUAAACUACAUUAUUAAAUAGAAAUAGUUACUCGCAACAACUUAAUAUCUUAAGGGUCCAAGUCCCAGAGAAUCCCUAGUUGUCAGAGCUUUGAGAAUCCUUCCUCCCCAGCCCGUCAGUAGCGUGGAGUCUGGUCGUCUCCACCGCGACGGAGCUCUCGCAGGGACAUGGUAACCGCCCGGGCCUUCGUGGGCUGGCUCCGAGGGACGCUACGACACCCUUAGCAAAGUUGGCAAGUUCUUUUUAUGUCACACGGAUCUCCCAGGCCCCCAAGGCUGACUGCUAAACGGAUUCACACUGGAGACAGACAUUUCAACAAUGAUACAGUCCUGUAACUUAGGAGCAAAAGAUUCGAAACGUUCUCCUGUCCACUUCUUUUGUAUUAGGCUGUGUAUUAAUGGUUAGUUCCGUGAGAAGUUACCUGGAAAACUACAAUAAAGUGGUAAGACUCUGAAAGAGGCCGCACCAACAGGACAGAGCCACAGAUCUGCACAAGUGUGGUUUUAUUCCAACGUGGGAAAAGAAAUCCCACACAGCUCUCGUGUCACCCCCAUUGCAAUGAAAGUUGCUUGGUCUGAAAUGUAGGGACUUAAAUCUUCAAAGCUAAAGGGAGUUUUCUGCUCAAAUAACAAUAGUACUUUAAACACUAAAGCCUUCCAUAUUAAAAAUACUGAUUGGUUAGGCCUUGCCCAGGGAUUUUGCAGUGGAGUAUGUAUUAAAAAAAAAAAAAAAUCAUAAUACUCAGACCGUUCUUAAAAUGGGACAUCAGCCUCAUGCCGAAUUGGUGUAAAUCAAAAGAAUACCCUAGAAUUUGAGGCACUGUGAUGUGAGGCUUCAAAUUUUUAUGAUCCGUUUCCUGGCUGCAGAGAAACUAAAGCAGAGUUGUUACAUUUUUAAUGAAAGGCUUUUAGUAGUUUUUUAGCGUUUAUUUUAGUAGAGUUUCAUUUCUAUGCAAUGCAGAAUGGACAGACCUCUGUACGCGUCUCUCUUCCCAGUGCACAGUAUUACAUACGGUUUUGAAGCAAUGGUGAUGCUUACGGCAACUUUUUUGGGGGAAUGUGACAUUGAUCUCUUAAUUGUAAACACUACAAAAUGUCAAAUAACGAGAACUGACACAACUUUGCCUUAAAGAGUACGAGCCUGGAACUUGUCAUAUGAUGUUAGAGGAAGACUUGGGAGUGUCCACUGAUGUUUACGAUUUUAAUAUUUCUGAAGGCCGUUAUGGUGGCCUGGACAUGUGCUGAAAGCCAAACUUUUUAAAUUUUUUGGUUUUUUAAAAAAAAAAAAAAA